CAGUGGCGCAACGAAAACAAAUAGCAAAAAUGAAGUUCGCUCUCUUAUUUGCAUUCAUCUGCAUGAUUGUGGUUGCUUUGGCUAAACCAAACCCCCCAGGACCACCACCACCUGGAGGCCCACCUCCAGGCGCACCACCAAAGAAUUUCACUAGCAGCUUCACUCAUGGAGCUGGAUUCGCGAGAAAAGGCGCUGCACCACCGUCCUCAACCACACUUAAGGCCAUUUCCUAAGUCCUCCAAAUGAACAUCGAACUGGAACUGGACCUCAGACGAAAUCUUUUUCAAACACAUUUAUUUCAAUUUUAUUAACUGCACUGCUUGAACACAAUGUUUUAACACUUAUUAAAAACUUUAGAACCUGUAAUAUAUGUCUUAAAAUUUAA